AUGAUGGCGAUAAUUUUGGUGAUAAUUGCGACAUCAAUGAUUGUUUAUAUCAGAAGUGUUAGUUAUACUGUAACCGGAACAAAUAGCAUGUGUCAAUCUAUGGAUGAUAUUUAUGCAGAUGUCAAUCUUCUCAUCGUUGCUACAUCCAAUGAUUUGAUUUGUAUGCUAAACAAAACGCUAAGAAAAUUAGGUGCUGGAAUCAAUGAUACCAUUCAACAAUUGCCUCAUAAAAUAAUUGGAACAUUGAAACAAGAUUUUCCAAUUACAUCACUACCAAUGGUGAUUGAAAAAUUUGAGGCCAAAAAUGUCACUCAUUUCAUUGAUGAUCUCAUAUUGGCAAUUAAAUCAACGAAAUUAUUAGCAACUAAUUUACCAAAUGCACUUUACCGACAAUCAUUCAUGAAAAAUAUGAUUAAAACAUUGGAAAGAAUUGAAAAUUAUCUGACCAUUUUACUACAGAAUCCAGGAUUUCAGGCAGCAGCUAUUUCAAUCUUUCUUUUUGCAAUUAUUCCAGUUCUACUUCUUAUCGUACCAUCCAUUAUUGUAAUAACUUGUGGUAUAUAUCUUUUAGCAAGAAGUGAUCGAUAUCGUUGGAAGCAACAAGCAAACUGGAGAUGUGCCGGUUUAUGGUCUUUGCAUGUUGCCGGAGCAGUAUUUUUUACCGGUUGGAUUACCAUGCUAAUUGCGAGUAUGACAUUUUUGGGCGGCUUUGCUGUGGAAGCUAUUUGUCAACCAUUUUUUCGAGAUGAACAAAUGCAUUUAUAUCGUUCGUCAUAUUUUAAUAAUGCUAUUGCAAAAUUUGUCAAAUUCUCUGAAUUAUCCGUUAGUACUGGCGAAUUUCUUUAUCAAUGCAAAAAUGAUAAAUCGAUAUUAACAGCAUUGAAAAUAGAAACUUUCAUGCAAUCAUACGAAGAAAUGUAUGCAAAAUAUUUAUCAAAUGCUACACAACAUGCUAAACAAUUACUUGAAACAGAAUACUUUAAUUUAACUUUGUCUGACAUACAAAUGCACGAAUUCAAUAAUACAAUCAAAGAGUUGGCCAAAUUGAAAGAGAAUUUAUUCGACUAUGUCAUUCCUCCAAGCCUUGCCGAGCAUGAACAGCUAUUAAACGAUUCAUUUGCAAAUAUUAAAUACCGAAUGUCUGAAAUGAUCAAAAUUAUGGCUGAAAUGGAGAAAAAUGUAAUUGAAAUUAUGAAACAUUCUUUAAAUUCUCAAAAUUUCACACUCAUUGCGCGAGAAAUUAUUUGGCAUGAAUACAAUUUGACAGUUGGUGACAUUUCUGAUCGCGUGAUGCAUGCAAAG